AUGCUUCAGUCACGAUUAUGCUCACCAGAAGGAUACCUUAUUGGAUCGCUACGAGGCGGUCGAUUCAUUGUUGGAGACGGCGAAGAGGUAUUUGGUGUUCGAUAUCAAUAUUGCGACGACUCAAUGGCGAAUGAUUCCGUUACACAUUCAGACAACAGGAAGAAAUUCCUCGUCGAAUUGCUCUGGACUACAGAUCGUGACAUUGGAGCCGUGCAGUUCCUGUUGACGGUGGCUGCAGAAGACGAACUAUACUGGGAACGGUGGCGACCUCGAGCUGGUUUCAUUCGUCCAAAAUGGGCUAAGGAUAUCACCGUCGUUGAUUCGCUUUUCAAAAUCGAGGUUUCACCCGGUCCUGAAGAACCGACGUUAACUCCAGAAGAAGAAGCAUCAACGUUGUCAUCGGAAGAGCUUGGUACUGUGGAGCCUUUUGAUCCGAAAAUAUUUGAGGAAAUCGAAGCUGCAGAAGAACACGCAAUGAGUCAGAUGAAGUCCGGAGAAUCUCUGGUAGCAUUGAACAGUGCUGUUACCCCUAUCUCAAUUCCAAUGAUAGCAUCUACAUGGAGUGCUUCAACAAGCACUCUACAAGAACAGGCGACAGCCAUACCAGAAACGACCACUAUCGAG